AAUUUCAUUUCAAACGCGUAGCAGCAAGUUAACAAAACUUUCUGAUUCAGAAACGGUCAAUUAUUCACUAAAUACAAUUUCUGAGCAUGCAAAUUGUAACGGGAAGGAGCUUUCCUGUGAUUUGUACAACGAAAUGAUAUGCGAACUGUGUGAAGAAGGAGAACUCAACAACGCCUUGGCGCUACUGUCGCAAAUGGAGGCGCUGGGCUAUCGCCCGAAUUUGAUUUCUUACUCUUGUUUAGUAACUGGGCUGGGAAAUGUCGGGAGGACCUUAGAGGCCGAUGCCAUCUUCCAAGAAAUGCUGAUUUCAGGGUGCAGGCCCAAAACUAGGUUGUUCAAUGCUUUGCUCACUGGGUGUUUGAAAAAGGGCUUGUUAGAGUUGUCUGAUAAAGUGUUAAAGGCUAUUGAUGAUUUAGGUCUGGAUAGGAAUCGCAAGACAUUUGAGAUUUUAAUUGAUUACUAUGUCAGUUCAGGGCGGUUGAAUGAUACGUGGCUUGUGAUUGCUGAGAUGAAGAGAAAGGGCUAUAAUCCAAAUUCAUAUGUGUAUAGUAAGAUUAUUGAAAUCUAUAGAGAUAAUGGGAUGUGGAAGAAAGCAAUGGGGGUUUUAGGAGAGGUACGAGCAAAGGGGAUGGCAUUGGAUAGGAAAAUUUAUAAUAGCAUCAUAGAUACUUUUGGGAAAUAUGGGGAACUAGGAGAAGCUUUGGAAGUGUUUGAGAAAAUGCAAGAAGAUCAUAUAAAGCCGGAUGUUAAAACAUGGAAUUCUUUGAUCCGGUGGCAUUGUAAAUUUGGGGAGAUCUCUGGUGCUGUCACUUUGUUUGCUAGAAUGCAGGAACAAGGAAUAUAUCCUGAUCCUAAGAUUUUUAUGACUAUCAUUUCCUGCUUGGGGGAACAGGGGAAGUGGGAUGUUAUUAGGAAAAUUUUUGAGAAUAUGAGAGGGAAAGGACAACAAAGGAGUGGUGCCAUUUAUGCUAUUUUAGUUGACAUUUAUGGCCAGUAUGGGAAAUUCCAAAAUGCCGAGGAUUGCAUACUCGCACUCAAAUCGGAAGGCAUUCAGCUAUCACCAAGCAUGUUUUGUGUUCUGGCAAAUGCUUACGCUCAGCAGGGACUGUGUGAACAAACUGUUAAGGUGCUGCAGCUCAUGGAAGCAGAGGGAAUGGAACCAAACCUGAUAAUGCUGAAUGUGUUAAUCAAUGCUUUCGCAACUGCUGGACGACAUAUGGAAGCACUAUCAAUCUAUCAACACAUUAGAGAGAGUGGUAUUAGUCCUGAUGUAGUGACCUACAGUACACUAAUGAAGGCGUUUUUGUGGGCGAAGAAAUUUGAUCAGGUCCCAAAGAUAUACAGUGAAAUGGAGGCUUCUGGAUGUUCACCAGAUAGAAAAGCCCGAGAAAUGCUGAAAUCGGCUGUGAGCAUUCUUGAACGGGGGCAUUGAUACUCUUGCUGAUAAUUAUACACGAGUAAGAUUUUUGUUGCAUUGUCCCUCCCAUUCCCCCAUUGAAAAUUGACAUUAUAUUUCAUAUCCUCAUUGUAAGUACACAAAAAUAUUGAAAUGGAGGAUUGCACUUGCU